GUUUACUUGGGUAGGUACCACCUACCUACCGCGCGCGUCGUGAAAUUAAACAGUCCUGUGACGAACAGGGCGGCGCAAACAAUAAAACACAAAAUUGACGAGUGGACAAAUUAACAAAAACAAACGAAAUUUAAUAAAAAUUGCCAGUUACAGGGCGCAAAUCAUCGAAAGAAAGCACAAACAGGACGCCACGGAUUCGAUUAUAAUAUAGGUGUAUUAAUAUAUUAUCGCCAUGAACGGAAGUGAUUGCGACGAAAAUAAUGCAUGCGUCCUGAUGCCGCUGAAAAAGAAACGCUGUCCGCGGGAACCGGAAGACGACAGUGGUCCGCCGGCCCGCACCGCUCGGUUCGAGGAUUCGGUCGAGUGGAAGUGGACGAAAUGUACAAGUGAAGGCCUUUUCCGGACACUUGGCCGGUACUACGAUGAGACGUGGUUUCCAACCGCGGUUAACGAGUGGUGUCAGUUGUACUACCGGUGCAACCACGUAGCCGACUACUGGUGUCACCGGGACGAGUGGCUGGCCGGUGACGAGGAGAUCCGGCUGGCUGUGUGGGCUGAGAUACUUAGACACCGAGACCAACAUGACGCGGACCGCGCCGAACAGUGCGACACCGACCUGAUGUACGUCGACGACCGAGUGGACGCCGCCAAGAUAAUGGAAAUACACGGGGCCCUGAACGAGGCCAACGAUCGGAUCGACCUAAAACGUAAGGACGUGCAAUCCCCCUGUGUCGAGAAACCGAACGCCGCGGAAAGGAAACGGGCGGAAGUUGAAGCGGCCGAGAUAGCACUGGCUGACCCGGACGAGGAACCGGACUGGGUGGAAAUGCGGCGCAAAAUGCGCGGCUCGUUUGCGGCAUUAAAUCUAGCCCGGUGCGAUGUCAGCGCCGAACUCCUGGACCACAUCAUGAUUGAGCUUUGCAAGUAUUGGGCCAACGCGCCAGAACUAGAGCACGAGAUCGAUCCGCUGCUGGAGCGGAACAUCAUGCGUGAGGUACAAAAUUUCCGAUACAAACUCUUCAACGUGGCCGUCGAGAUCGAACCGGAGCUCGAACUGUCGUGCCCGGAAGUGGAGGAACCGGAAUCGUGCAGCAUACGACCACGAUCGUCAUCCCUGCCGCCGCCACCACCACCGCCGUCACCCAUCUGCAAGAAACCGAAACCUAGAACAGCGAGCUGUCGCAUUCGCAGACCGGCCACCAACAAGUUGGCCGAGGCCAGGGCUCGGCAAAACCGUGAGAACGCGGCCAAGGGUCAAUGUCGUAGGUAAAUCUACGACCGACCGAUUUUCAAUAGUCUAAAUUUUACUCUCGAGUUGUACGCUGGGACAAUGUAUAUUUUAAUAACAAAAUUGAAUUUUAAAUUGUAUGAUA